UGUGUUUAAAUGAAUGUAAAUCAGUCUCUGUCUUUAUAGUGUGUUCAUGUUGGGGUACAGAAAAUGGGAAAGAUUAACAGAUCUAUUACGCUAUAGGGAUCUUAUAUUGCUCUACAUGCUUCAUUUAGCUAUAAGGACAGUAUACAUUUGAAGUCAGAAGUUUACAUACACCUUAGCCAAGUACAUUAAACUCAGUUUUUCAGAAUUCCUGACAUUUAAUUGGAUAAAACAUUCCCUGUCUUAGAUCAGUUAGGAUCACUACUUUAUUUUAAGAAUGUGAAAUGACAGUAUAAUAGUAGAUUUAAGUUAAAGAGAGAUUAUGUUAUUUCAGCUUUUAUUACUUUCAGCGCAUUCCUAGUGGGUCAGAAGUUUAUAUACACUAUUUAGUAGCAUUGUUUAAUUGGGUCAAAUGUUUUGGGUAGCCUUCCACAAGCUUCUUACAAUAAAUUGCUGGAGUUUUGGCCCAUUCAUCCAGACAGAACUGGUGUGUAACUGAGUCAGGUUUGUAGGCCUCCUUGCUCACAUAUGGUUUUUCAGUUCUGCCCACAAAUUUUCUAGCAGAUUGAGGUCAGGGCUUUGUGAUGGCCACUUGAUUUUGUUGUCCUCAAGCCAUUUUUUGUAGGUAUGCUUGGGGUCAUUGUUCAUUUAGAAGACCCAUUUGUGACCGAGCUUUAACUUCAUGGCUGCUGCCUUGAGAUGUUGCUUCAAUAUAUAAUUUUCUUGAACAUGAUGCCAUCUAUUUUGUGCAGUUUACCAGUCCCUCCUGCAUCAAAGCACCCCCACAACAUGAUGCUGCCACCCCCAUGCUUCACAUUUGGGAAGGUGUUUUUUGGCUUGCAAGCCUCACGCUUUUUCCUCCAAACAUAACAAUAGUCAUUAUGGCCAAAAAGUUACAUUUUUGUUUCAUCAGACCAGAGGACAUUUCUCCAAAAUGUAAGAUCUUUGUCCCCAUGUGCACAUGCAAACUGUAGUCUGGCUUUUUUAUGGCGGUUUUGGAGCAUUGGCUUCUUCCUUUCUGAGCAGCCUUUCAGGUAGUUGAUAAAGGACUCGUUUUACAGUGGAUAUCUACUUAUCUACUUGUUUCCUCCAGCAUCUUCACAAGGUCCUUUGUUGUUGUUCUGGGAUUGAUUUGCACUUUUCGUGCCAAACUACGUUCAUCUCUAGGAAUCAUAUUGUGUCUCCGUCCUGAGCGAUAUGAUGGCUGCGUGGUCUCAUGGUGUUUAUACUUGCGUACUAUUGUUUGUACAGAUGAACAUGGUACCUUCAGGCAUUUGGAAAUUGCUCCCAAGGAUGAACCAGACUUGUAGAGGUCCACAAUUUUUUUUUUUCUGAGGUCUUGGCUGAUUACUUUUGAUUUUCCCAUGAUGUCAAGCAAAGAGGCGCUGAAUUUGAAGAUAAGGCUAGUGGUGGAAGAGGGUCUCAAUCAACUUCCAUACAGUGAAUGCACUGUAACCACGCCAACAGGACACAAAUACGAGGGUGUUAAGUUUGAAAAAGGAAACUGUGGGGUUAGCAUCAUGAGGAGUGGUGAGGCCAUGGAGCAGGGCCUGAGAGACUGCUGCAGGUCAAUCCGUAUUGGUAAGAUUCUGAUCCAGAGCGAUGAGGAAACACAAAAGGCCAAAGUUUUCUAUGCAAAAUUUCCACCUGACAUCAGCAGACGGAAGGUUCUGCUCAUGUACCCCAUCCUUAGUACAGGAAACACUGUGAUCGAAGCGGUGCGGGUGCUGAAUGAACACGGUCUGCAGGCCAAACACAUCAUACUACUUAGUCUCUUCUCCACUCCACAUGGUGCACGGUCCAUUAUUCAGGAGUUUCCUGAUAUCACUAUACUGACAACUGAAGUCCAUGCUGUUGCUCCGACACAUUUCGGCCAGCGGUAUUUUGGCACAGACUGACACCAUCAAUAACUUGAUUCAGUUGAAUCGGUUUGCGUGUGUUUAUCACCCAUCCAGGAAAGCCUGGCCAGCCCACAGCGUGUCUGUGUGUGAUUGGUUCAUCGGGGCUGGUCUCUGUAUUAUUAUUAUUAUUAUUAUUAUUAUUAUUAUUAUGUAUUCUGUCUGAUAAUGUUUUUGGAUCAUUUGGUGUAUUUUUGUUCACAUGACCCUGACCCCAUCAAGAUUGUUGAAUAUUGAGAAAAAUCUAUGUUUUCUAAACAUGGUAGAGUGAUGCA